GUAGCUGUUCUCCUGCAUUACCUGUACACCGCAAGCUUCAUGUGGAUGAGUGCAGAAGGACUGCAUCUUUAUUUUAAGAUCGUCACUGUCUUUAACCUCCAAAAUCUCAAAUUCAUCUACUACGUUGUUUUUUGUUGGGGGUCUCCUAUCAUAGUUGUUGGAAUAUCUGCCGUUACCAGAACUGAAGGAUAUGGUACAGGAAAUACGUGCUGGUUAUCAUUGGACAAGGGACUCAUUUGGUCGUUUGUUGGACCAGUCGCAGCCAUAAUUUUGUUUAAUCUCUUCAUGCUUGGAAUGACGAUAAAAGUUUUGGUUUCCUUGACUGAAGUAGCCGAAAGUGCCGCACAUAAAAACUCCUUAAGAUCAUGUGUGAAGGCAGCUUUGAUCCUGAUGCCAUUGCUGGGAAUAUCGUGGCUUUUUGGCCUUUUGAGCGUCAACUCUGGAACCAUUGCAUUUCAGUACUUGUUUGCUAUAGUUAACUCCUCACAGGCACGUUUCAACUCCAACAGAUAUGACACAAUGAUUAAUAUUCUGCCCUCUAGAUCAUGUGUGAAGGCAGCUUUGAUCCUGAUGCCAUUGCUGGGAAUAUCGUGGCUUUUUGGCCUUUUGAGCGUCAACUCUGGAACCAUUGCAUUUCAGUACUUGUUUGCUAUAGUUAACUCCUCACAGGGUUUCUUCAUCUUUAGUUUCCACUGCAUUGGCAACACAGAGGUUCGUGCAGCUUUGGUUAGAUUGAAGAAGAGACAUUCCGUGAAAGUUUCAACUCAAAAUGUAUCCUUGGAGAAAAUGAGGACCAAAUCGAAAGUACUUAAACAAUCGGAAGACCUGGGAAAUCCAAAAACAAACAUAGCGAAUGUGACAGAGAGCCCAUGAAUAGAUAUUCCAUUUCAACCAAGAAACAGUGGGGACCAUAUUUUUCACAUUGACUAAAACAGAAAAGCUAACUCCAGGUCUGCAACGAGGUGUAACGUUAGAGAAUCUUGUGCAAGGAUUUCUUUCAUCAGCAACGUCA